CUCAACUCGUCGUCGACAUAUGCACACCAUUUUUGAACCCUCAAAUCACGACAACCCAUUUCUGGAAUGGCGGAAACCACCCCCACUCCAGAGCUCAAGACGUACAAUGGCAAUUGCCACUGUGGGGCCGUCAAAUUCAGCAUCAAGAUCCCCGAACUCACUUCAGUCACAGAAUGUAACUGCAGUAUCUGCUUUAAGAAGGGCUACAAGUGGGUUUUUCCUUCUGCUGAUGGAGAGUGCUUUACCAUCGAGAAGGGUGAGGGAGGUCCGAGAAACUAUGAGUUUGGCAAUCGCUCGAUGGUGCAUAAGUUCUGUCCCACUUGCGGCACGGGCAUCAUGGGCCAGAGACAUGGCAUUGCUCCAGGCACUGGUAUCGCGGUCAACGCAAGAGCGCUCCAAGACGUCGAUCUCUGGUCUCUAAAAAUAAACAAGUAUGACGGAGCAGCCCACAAACCCUUCUACGCGCCACCUAUCUUAACGGGCCCGGAACCCCCAGCCGAGAUAGAAAACAGCAAAUUGUACACUGGGUCCUGCCACUGCGGCGCCGUGACAAUGGCUUUGAAGAAUAGGGGCCCGCUUAUCCAGGAAGCAGCCCCGGUUGCCGAGGAAAUUGGACCUGAAGUGAUUGGAGAAUGCGACUGCAGUAUUUGUGCACGCCUGGGCAGAAUCCUCACCUAUCGUUCACCAGCCCAAAUCUCUAUACGCCUCUCUCCCGGCACAAAUCUCAGCAGCUACUCUUUCGGCACAAAGCAAUUCGAGCAUAAAUUCUGCCCUGUGUGUGGAGUGGCCGUGGGUGUUGAUGAUGUAGUUGAGAAUACGAAGGCGGUGAAUCUGAGGUGUUUUGAGGGGGUGGGUUGGGUUGGUAUUGAGACUUAUAAACACAGAGGCAGUAGAGAGGAGCCUGAGUAUGUGGUUCCUGAACACCACAUAGACGGGAAGGACUCCAGAACUGCAAACGAGGAGCAAGAGAAGGAAAUCCGGGAGAUUGAGGAGUAAAUGAAGAAGCAGAACGCAAUUUAUAAACAGUUAGAGGAGGAAAUACUUUAAUUAGGUUGAAAAAAUCCCGAGGGGUAUAAUCAUGCAAGUCACAAG